CCCCACCCCACCCCACACACAAUAAACUUAAUAAAUAAAUAAUAGACUAUAUAAUAAUAAUACUACCUGCUCCCUCUCUCCCCUCAAACUUGAUUGGCUUGCUUCCAACCACCUUCUUUCACCAUGGAUCUACUCAAGCUUAUCAUCUUCCUCUCAUUCUCACUCACCCAGCAUGUCCUGGCUGCCGGGCCUGCGCUCGGUGAGCUCGAUCAGAUCUACUUCGGCGUCUGGGUCGACCCCGAUCUAGGCUUCCAGGACACCCCCGCCCUCUUCAACAGUCGACUCCAGCGCAAUGCCUCCGUCUUCCACAUCGCCCAGCGGAUGCCCCUCCUGCCCUACAACUACACCACCGGUGUCGGUGGGCCCGCACCCGAGUAUCUCAUCGAAAACACUGCCACCGAUGCCGCCGUCUUCCUCACCGUCUAUCCCGCCGCACUCAGUGCCAUCUCUGACGCUGAUUACACCGGCCUCGGAACCCAACUACUGGCCUAUACCAAGGAUUUCAACCGAACAGUCUUCCUGAGAUGGGCACCCGAAAUGCAAGGCCGAUGGAACGAAUACGGUCAACAGCCAGUGGCCUACGUUCAAGCAUGGCAAACCAUGUACAAAGCUGUCAAAGCGAUUGCACCAGCCACGAUCAUCGUCUGGGCUCCCAACCUGGGGCACGACUAUCCAUACGGUCAAACGGCCAACAUCGACCCAACCGAUAUGGCUGUCCUGGAUACUAACAAGAACGGCGAACUCGACAAAGGUGAUGACCCUUAUAUGCCCUACUACCCCGGAGAUGAUUACGUCGAUUGGAUCGGGAUAUCAGUCUAUUUCAAGCAGUUCUCUCGUAACAUCAAUGCCGCCCAACCCGCAGGAUUCUGUGCGGAUAUCCUGACGGGUAUCGAAACCCAGACCCGAGUGAACACGGGCUUUGACUGGUACAACCAGUUCUGUGCCUCCAAGCCGACCAAGGCCUGUCUAAUCGCCGAGUCGGGCGCGGCCUACCAUCCGAAUGUGGCCGGCGGAGCGACCGAGCUGGCUAUCAAACAGGCCUGGUGGCAGGACUGCAUGACCAACACCACCUUCAUGCAGGCUUACCCCCGGAUCAAGCUUCACAUGCACUUCGAGUUUCAGAAGGUCGAGGCCGAUAUCGGUCCCCCCGACGUGCGUGACUACCGACUCACCAACACCACCGACAUCCUGACGGCCUUCCAAACCGACCUCAACACCGUACAGAACAACUACCUCUGGGCACAAUACCGCCCGAUCACCCGGCCGAUCCAAGUCAAUGGUCCCGGAGUCUCAGCCCCUGCCACCUCGAGCUUCUCCGUCCCCACCCUCGUCCUCCAGACCGCCCGGAACCCGCAGGUCUCAGGCCUGCCCACACUCUUUGGCGUCAAACGACACAGCGGAGUCGACAAGCGUCGCACCGAGCUCUCCCGCGCGCUCUGUGUCGUCGCCGCUUCCAGCCUCCUCCUCGUCUCCGGCUGGCUCGGCCAGAAUCGGAAACGAGCCCUCCGUCGUCGCACACAGCCUGCUCCUUCCUCCGAGUGAUCUUUCGUCCCCAUUCUUGUUACGAACUUUUUCUUCUUCUAUGGACUCUUUAUAUUCACUUUGCUCUUUUCAACAACAACAACAACAAAAACGACUCUCGAUGGUUCCAUCGAGACUCACUGACUUUUUUCUCUCUUCCUGGGCUCCAUACCUUACCCCCCAUUGCUUCUAUCUAACCUCACGCUAGACUUCGUGACCCUUAUCUCAAACACUUCCAAAAAAACAACUGGGUUUCAUAGAUCUACCUCUUAUGAUCGAUCAACAGAUAUACCACAUUAGAUAUUUUACCUUUGUUCAUUUCCAUUUCAUUUCAAACAAAAAAACAACAAAAAAUAGGUGUUACUGUUAACAAGUAAUUCACCAACAAAAAAACUGUCAGCUCUUGGUUUUAUUUAUUUAUUGAGGCUUUUAUUACCUACUUUGAAGCCACACACUUCUACUUUAUUUUGGGGUACUUUGAUUCUCUCUCUUUCUCUCCCUUGGUUUUUUAUCAUCCAACUCCAAUUCUUUUUAUUCCCUUCUCUUUUCCACCUUUGUUUUUGAUGUUUCUUUGAGUUGAGGUUUUCUUUGCUUUUCUUUGGUUUGCUUUGGUGAUUCCCUUUGAUAUAUGUAUAAUGAUGAUAUUCUUGAUGACCUUGAUGAUGAUGUUUUAAUUUCUUCUUUUUUCAGUUUGAUUGUUUGAUUUUCCUUCCUUUUUUUUGAUUCUUCUUCAAUUUUUUUUUAUGGUAAGAAAAAAAAAUUCUU